AUGGCGUCGGCGGCAGCGAGCGGUCCCCCCCAGGCCCCCGCGGCAGGAUCGACGGAGGCGCGGCGGACCAAUCCGUUUCUCGAGUUCCAGGUCGUGGUUCUCGCUGGCGGCAGCAGUUCUCGCCUCUCGAGCUUGACGGGGACACCGAAGGAGAAGGGCGGAUGCAGCAAGGCCCUCCUGCCCGUUGGCAACCGACCGAUGCUGUGGUACUGUCUGAAGAAUCUGCAGGAGUCGCGGUUUGGAGAUGCCAUCGUUUUGACUCGGCAAGAAGAACAGGCGGAGAUCCUCGCGUACUUGCGCCAGGAGUUUCCGAACGCUUUCCAGCGGCUGGAAGUCAUUGGGCUCGGCCGCGAUCGCGACGCGGAGAAAGGGAAGAAGUCAGAAGACGGAGAAGACGACUUCGACGACGACGUCGUUUGUGGGACUGCGGAGGCUCUCAUGCAAAUCAAGCAUCUCCUUGUCACUGAUUUCUUCGUCAUCACCUGCGACGUCAUCGGGCCCGUCGACUUCUUCAGUCUCGCCAAUCUGCAUCGAGUGGAGAACGCCGCCUGCUCGGUGUAUCUCCUGCGGCGCGACUACCUGUCGGAGGGCGCGUCGGAGAUUCUCGAUCGCAGCGCGCAAGGCAAAGGAGGGAAGGGCGGCAAGAAAAAGGCCGCGUCCGAGAAAGUCGACAAGGACGCAAACAAAGGCAACCCAGUUGCGAUUGCCUUCGAAGAGACAGAGACGCUCCUUCUGGGAAUCCAGGAUCGACACAGCAUUAGCCACGGGGCGCAGCUGGCGAUUCCCAAGCUCACGCUGUUCUACCAUCCGUCCGUGUUCGUCAAGGCGAACCUGUAUGAUCCGCAUGUGUACCUCUUCAAGCUAUCGGCGUUGAAGAUCCUCGAAGCCCCAAAACUCCGCCACACACUGACGUCGAUUCGAUUCGACCUCGUUCCCUACAUGUCUCUCAUGCAGAUGACCCCGCAAGCAUCUCUGUGGUCUGCCAGCCGGCUCGACUGCGACGUUUUCGACGAACUGCUGGACUCCUUCGAUGAGCCCCACAAGAACGAGAAGGAGAACUCGAGUCGCGAGCAAGACUACACUCUCGCGAAUCGGCCUGAGCAACCGAGGAAAGGAAACAAGGUCGUUUUUGCGUUACAUCCCGACUGCGCUGGAAUUUGCUGCCGCGUGAACAACAUCCACGACUACUACGAAAUGAACAUGAAGUUCUGCAGCAACCGAAUGGACGAGCUGCGCGGGAUUAUGCCGGAAUGGAUGCUUCCUGGUCAACAGGCGAAAAAAUAUCCGACUAUGCGCGACAGCAACGUGGCUGAAGGCUCGACUUUCGACGAGAGCGCCGUGGUCAAGCGAAGCGUCCUCGGGCCCGAAGUGACGGUGGGACCAAAGACUCGGGUGACUGCCAGCAUUCUGCUCGAAGGCGCGAAAAUCGAGGAGGGCGCCACCGUCCAGAGAUGCAUCGUUGGAAGAAAGGCGACAAUCGGAAAGGACUGCAAGCUCACAAACUGCCAGGUGCGCCACGGCUACUCCGUGCCGCCUGGGACUGUCGCGGAAGACGAAGUGUUGCCGGUGUUCGCGGACGACGCGUAA